UUCUCGCAGUUUAAAAUGGCGGCGUUGAGCAGCGCCGAGUCCCCACCGCCCGUCUUUAACGGAGACGCCGCGGAGCUGGAUUCGGGCCGGGACCGCGGCCUGGACGAGCUGGGUACAGGCUUGGACCCUUCGUGUUCGUCGGGGAUUCCCGGAGGUCCGCACGAUGAGGAGAUCUGGAACAUCAAACAGAUGAUCAAGCUGACACAGGAGCACCUGGAGGCUCUCCUGGAGAAAUUUGGAGGAGAACACAAUCCUCCCUCCAUAUAUCUGGAGGCCUACGAGGAGUACACCAGUAAGCUGGACGCCCUGCAGCGGAGGGAACAGCAGCUGCUGGAGGCCAUGGGGAACAGCGCAGACUUCUCCUGCUCACCUUCUCCCACACCGGGACUGUUGGAGGUCAAGAUGGGAGGCUGCGGAGGAGCUCAGGCCUUCUCCUUGGUCCCCAACACAUUAACCGUCCUGCAGACCCCCACAGACGCUGGUCGAGCUAACCCUCGCUCCCCGCAGAAACCCAUAGUGAGGGUCUUCUUACCAAACAAACAGAGAACAGUGGUCCCAGCCCGCUGUGGAAUGACUGUGAGGGACUCGCUGAAGAAAGCUCUGAUGAUGAGAGGACUCAUCCCAGAGUGCUGUGCAGUCUACAGAGUACAGGACGGAGAGAAGAAGCCUAUUGGCUGGGACACAGACAUCUCCUGGCUGACAGGAGAGGAGCUGCAUGUUGAAGUGUUGGAGAACGUUCCUCUCACCACUCAUAACUUUGUAAGGAAGACCUUCUUCACGCUGGCCUUCUGUGAUUUCUGCAGAAAGCUGCUGUUUCAAGGUUUUCGCUGUCAGACCUGUGGCUACAAGUUCCACCAGCGCUGCAGCACCGAAGUCCCCCUCAUGUGUGUCAACUACGACCAGUUAGACUUGUUGCUUGUAUCAAAGUUCUUUGAGCAUCACCCGUUCAGCCAGGAGGAGGUCUCCUCAGAAGGGACCACCCCCGUGUCAGAGGUCUGUCCGUCCCUCCCCCCAUCCGACUCCACCAGGUCUAUAUGCCACACCACUGUGUCCCCGUCCAAGUCCAUCCCCAUCCCUACUAGCUUCAGAGGCAACGAGGAGGACCACCGGAACCAGUUUGGCCAGCGGGACCGUUCGUCCUCUGCCCCCAAUGUCCAUAUCAACACCAUUGAGCCUGUCAACAUCGAUGACCUGAUUCGAGAUCGGGGCUUGCAGAGGUCUGAUGGAGGCUCCACCACUGGGCUCUCAGCCACCCCUCCUGCAUCUCUACCAGGAUCACUGACCAACGUCAAAGUCCCACAGAAGUCCCCGUGCCAACAGAGGGAGCGCAAGUCGUCCUCUUCAUCGGAGGAUCGCAAUAAAAUGAAAACUCUGGGGAGACGGGACUCCAGUGAUGAUUGGGAGAUUCCUGAGGGUCAGAUCACCCUGGGUCAGAGGAUAGGCUCAGGCUCCUUUGGAACAGUUUUCAAAGGAAAGUGGCACGGUGAUGUGGCAGUGAAGAUGCUGAACGUCACGGCUCCCACACCGCAACAGCUUCAAGCCUUCAAGAAUGAAGUGGGGGUCCUCAGGAAAACCCGUCACGUGAAUAUCCUGCUGUUUAUGGGCUACACCACCAAGCCCCAGCUGGCCAUCGUCACCCAGUGGUGUGAAGGCUCCAGCCUGUACCACCACCUGCACAUCAUCGAGACCAAGUUUGAGAUGAUCAAACUGAUCGACAUCGCCCGGCAGACCGCUCAGGGCAUGGAUUACCUGCACGCCAAGUCCAUCAUCCACAGAGACCUGAAGAGCAACAAUAUUUUCCUCCAUGAGGACCUGACGGUGAAGAUCGGUGACUUUGGCCUGGCCACUGUCAAGUCUCGCUGGAGUGGCUCCCACCAGUUUGAACAGCUGUCCGGCUCCAUACUAUGGAUGGCUCCAGAGGUGAUCCGGUUGCAGGACAAGAAUCCCUACAGUUUUCAGUCUGAUGUCUAUGCCUUUGGGAUUGUUCUUUACGAGCUCAUGUCAGGAGCUCUGCCCUACUCCAACAUCAACAACAGAGAUCAGAUUAUAUUCAUGGUGGGUCGGGGUUACUUGUCCCCCGACCUGAGUAAGGUGCGCAGCAACUGUCCGAAGGCCAUGAAGAGGCUGAUGGCUGACUGUCUGAAGAAGAAGCGAGAAGAGCGACCCCUCUUCCCCCAGAUCCUGGCAUCUAUUGAGCUUUUGGCUCGCUCCUUACCCAAAAUCCACCGCAGCGCCUCGGAGCCUUCGUUAAACCGCGCAGGCUUUCAGACGGAGGACUUCAGCCUGUACGCCUGCGCCUCCCCUAAGACCCCCAUCCAGGCCGGAGGCUACGGGGAGUUUUCCUUUAAGUAACUGCAGCCGCUCGCAGCGGUCCACCCUCGUCACCUCUCAGAUGUCUCGUGUCAUUGCGGUGGAUUCAUUUAUUACUGAUUUUAAAAAAAACAUCUAAAAACUGAAGAAUUCGCCUGAAAGAAUGUGUAGUUUUCUUUUAGUGCCACCCUGAAGAAGGCGCCGCCCUGCAGGAAAACCUGGGUCAGGAAAACCUGGGUCAGGAAAACCUGGGUCAGGAAAACCUGGGUCAGGAAAACGGCCAAAAAGCCACCAAAACGAUGAAAUGAAGAGAACCAGACGGAACGUCUGCAUGAAGGAAAACUGAGUUCUGUGGAGGAACUCGUCUGCUAAAGGGAAAGAUGAAGGUAAAACCGGAGGCCUGUUAGGAACCGGGCCAUUCAGCUGCACUUUGAGCCACGGCAGAACCGGGCCUCCCGUCCGUCUUUAGUCUCCGAGAUAAGCUGCAGGUCGACUCCUGAAGAAAUGACUUGAAAGACUGUGUGUUUUUAUUUUUGACUUGUUUCUCAGCUCGUUAGCUGUCUGUUCUUUUGUUCCACUUUAGAGGAGAAGUUUCCUUCAUCAGUGUUAGGACGGACAGAGACAGACCUCCCGGGGUUGGGCGAUUGGAUGAAUUUAUCCAUCAGCAGCAGGUUUUCAUCUUUUUGUUGUUUUUUUAAGACCAUUGGGCCUCAUGCAAGAACAUGUUCGUAU